AAAUAAGGUCGAUGAAUGACAGUAAACUUGUUUUGUGUUUGUUCUACUCGUGCACGAACAAUACUGAGAUGAUAAACAUAAUUAUUAUUUUACAUUUAAUUUAUGAUAUGAUUUAUAAUAUCGGUUUGGUCGGAAUUUAUUCCAUAAUGCUCUUGGUUUAAAAAAAAAAAAUCGUAAAUGAGAAUAGUAUUUACUAAUAGCCUACAAUUUAAACAUGUUAAAGGUGCAUUUCUUGUGAACAUAUAAUGAUUCUGGGGCACAGGAGAUCAUUGAAAUACUUCGAGUUUCGGUUUCUGUUUUGUCGCUGCAUUCAGUCCUUUUGUGUCAAACACAGUUUUAAAACCAUGUUCAAAAACAGUGAUAAUCUGCAGCAUUGAGUCUUUACUCUCCUUUUGAACAUGUUCAGACCAUUUCAUUUAGAGACAUCUAAAAAUAUCAAGUUAAUGAAACAAAUGCAGUUAGCAAUUAUUCAAAAUAUCUCAUUAUGACUUCUUAUAUAUCCUAAGAAAGGCCUUAACAGGCCUAAAUGAUCAGUGCGACACUGGUGUUCACCUUUUCCAGAGUGUGGAGCGGUCAUCUCCUGCUGUUGUGGUCACCUUGUGUGGAGGAGUUUGUGGGCCGGACUUUAGCGCAGUGAUGGCGCUCUCUGCCUGAUUGGUCUGUUUUGGACUGAGGGGGGCAUCCAUUGAGGAAUGUGUUGGUCAUCCUGGAGGGGAGAGUGAUUGGGAAUCACGUGGACUUGACCGAAACUGUGAGAGAGGGGGUCGACCAUGAGAAGCAUCAGUCCAGAGCAGUGACCGAUCCAUGAGGGAUCACCUGGAGAACCGAGAUUAACACAAGCUCAGCAGAAAGGCGCACAGGGGAACCCAUGGCAGAGGGAGGGCUGUACGAAAACAGAGGAGGAGGAGGGGCAGGCCCCCGAGGAAGACCCUCAGUCGUACCAUGGCGUGGGCGUGUGCAAGUGGUUCAACGUUCGGAUGGGUUUUGGAUUCCUGUCCAUGACCACACGAGAUGGUGUGCCUUUAGAAACCCCAGUCGACGUGUUUGUCCAUCAGAGUAAACUGCACAUGGAGGGUUUCCGCAGUCUGAAGGAGGGCGAGGCUGUUGAAUUCACGUUCAAGAAGUCCUCCAAGGGUCUGGAGUCUCUGCGGGUGACGGGUCCUGCAGGAGCUCACUGUGUGGGCAGUGACAGGAGACCCAAAGGCAAGAGCGUCCAGAAACGCCGGGCCAAAGGAGACAGGUGUUACAAUUGUGGUGGUCUGGACCAUCAUGCCAAAGAAUGCAAGCUGCCUCCCCAACCCAAAAGAUGCCAUUUCUGCCAAAGCGUCACGCACAUGAUUGCCAGCUGCCCCGCCAAAGCCCAGCAGUCGUCGCAGGGCUCUCAGGGAGCGUCUGCGGGUCUCGCGGGGGAGAAAGCGGAGCACAGUCACUCCCCUCCACCCACCGACUGAGAAAACCAAUCAUAUCACUAUACUGGAAAAACAAACGCAUAAUGCUGCUGUUGGAACUUCCUCAGGUCUGUGAGAAGAACGUCACUUUUUUAAUGGUCUAACGCUCAGGAAUAGAGCUGCUCUCAGGAAUUUCAGUAAAGUCUUUGGUGUAUUACUGCAGUAGUUAUCUCAUAUCUCAUUAAGUGAUUUUUCUCUUUCUCGUCUAGAGUUGGCGAAAGGUAUAAACUCAAAGCAAAAGUCUUAUCCUUACAGAUGAUUGAUACGUUUGAGUGUUUCUUGUACUUCUUGAUGCUUUUAUGAAAAUGUUUUGGUGGUGGGUUUGAACUGGGGAUUUGGCAUUUGCCAGUUUUGCAAUAGACUGUCCUGAUCACCAGGGACCAAAUGAAUGUUAAAACCGCUGACAUGGCUCUCUUAACCAGCGGCUCUUUUUACACGUGUCCGAAUCUGUCACUUGCGAUCUGAACAAAAACACGCUCGAUUAGACAUGAAAGUAAAUAAUCAAUCACACUUUUAUCUCUAAACUCAAGUCAACCGAUAUUUGCUGUCUUGUCUUAAAUGCUGCUGAUCUGUAUGUCUGCUAGCGAUAUAUUUUGUUAUUUGUCUUUGACAAUUGGCCUCAGGGGUUUUCUUGGAGAGAAACAGAGAGAAAAAAGUUAUUCAUCUGAACAAAUGUUGCCCGUUCCUGCGUUGAUGGUGAAGACAUUGGCUCCGUUCUCCAGCUUCUUGUAUUGUUUUGGAAUGUAUUUAACAGCCUUUUACUCCCAUUCUGAAAGACUUUAAAGCAUAUUUAAUAUAUAUAUAUAUAUAUAGAUAUUCUGUUUAUGUAAACCUAUUAUUAGCCUUACUCAUAGUAUUUAUUUAUAGUAACAUGUUCUGCAUCUUCUCCACAAUGUAAGAGAGACUCCGGCUCCUACCUCAAGUUUCUCAGUAUUAUUUCCGAAAUACCUCAACCAUCAUCUCACGUGCCACGAAUCGGCAGAUAUUGAUGAGCUUUAUUUGUGAAUGGUUGUUUAUUGCACUGAUUUCUUGCUCUGUGCAGUUUAUUUUGUUAUAUCGUGGAGCAUUGUGACCUAUAAAUGCCUUUCACUUUAGCAGUGUUGAAUCACGACUCAGGGAGCGCAUCAAGCAGUGUGAGGAAGACAUGAUUUUACAUUAAGUGAUAAGAAUUAUAUUAUUUUAUUAUAGUUCCAUACCAUCAUAAUUAUUGUAAUUAUUAACUUUCUAAAUUUUUUGUGGAUCAAACAGGAAUGUAUAUCCGGUAACACUUUAUUUUACGGUGUCCUUUUACACGUUACAUGAAGUUACUAUAGUCAUAACUAUAAAUUAUGCAUAAUUACAUGCAAACCUAAUACUAAUAGUAAGUACAUAUAGUUAACUAAUAUUUAUAAUUACACUGUAACAAGGACACCUUAAAAUAAAGUGUAACUGUAUACCCUAACUAUGCUGUGGUUGCCUCCUACAUAAACUGGAAACAUUGCCAUUAUCUAAUCCAUUCCUUUAUGCAAUUAUGUUUGAGUUCUUGUUUUUGGCAUAUUUAAUAAAAGAAUGUAUCAUACAAAGUUUUGCACCAUUUAGCUGUGUUUUGACUAUCCUGUUGAACUUGGAAAUCACUUCUUGAACAUUUGAAUGUAAUGUGAAGUUUUCAAUGGUUUUUGUCAUCCAAUAAAUUUAGUGGAA